AUGGAUUCUAAAAGCAAAAACUUCAUGAAAAACAUUCGACGUUACAAUUCAAUGUUUUCUUUUACGUCGAUGGGUGGUAAAAUUGAUUAUUCAAUCAAUAAAGGGAAUGCUCCAUACAUUUUCAGACUUGGUGGUCAAAAUUAUCAUAGUAUUGGAAGCCUUUUGCCACCAAAUGGAUCGCAACCAAAAUUCUCUCAGUUAUACAUUUAUGAUACCGAGAAUGAAAAUUCAAAUAGACAAAGAUGCUUUGGUGGGGAAAAGCAUCAAUCUACAUCAAUCGAUAAUUAUAUUAUUGAAGAUUUGAAGGUGAUGUUAGAUUCAAAUAAUGUCUUGGUUAGCUCUUAUAGGAUGGUAAGAGAUACUUUUACAAAAAAUCCUCAAGUUGAUUUGAAGUUAAGAAUUAUCGGGAAAAGGGAUCGAGAUGGAAGGACAUAUAACUUACCAACUGCUUCUGAGGUUGCCGCUUUAAUUGUAGGUGACAUUUCUGAUUCAAUUGAAAAUAGAGAUAUCGUUGUUCAAACAAAAUCGGGAUUUCUACAACGUAUCAGUGAAUUGCAUCCUUCUUACCUUCCUCUCCAAUAUCCGCUACUAUUUCCAUAUGGUGAUGAUGGUUACAACGUUGAUAUUCUUCAUAGAGGUGUUACAUCUACAACAAAUAGCAAGCGCGCGAAAUGUACAAUGAGAGAAUUUUUUGCUUUUAGGAUUCAAGACAGGGAUCAUUCGUUCUCAUUGAUUCUUAAUUCAAAAAGGCUUUUUCAACAAUUUUUGGUAGAUGCGUAUACGAUGAUUGAAAGUGAAAGAUUGUAUUACAUACGUAGCCAACAACAUGUUCUUAGAUGCGAGUCUUAUGAGAAUUUACGUAACCAAAAAGCUCAAGGAAUUACAAAUAUCUCCAACAUCGGCCAACGUGUGAUAUUACCUUCAUCUUUUACUGGUGGUGCGCGCUAUAUGCUGCAAAACUAUUUGGAUGCCAUGUCCCUAUGUAAAUGGUUUGGAUAUCCUGAUUUCUUCAUAACCUUUACGUGUAAUCCCAAAUGGCCUGAGGUUAGAAGGUUUCUUAAGGAUACUUCACUUCAACCAGAAGACAGACCUGAUAUACUAUGUAGGUUGUUCAAGAUCAAACUUGAUGCAUUUAUUAAAGAUCUAAGGGAGAAUCACAUUUUCGGCAUAGUUCAAGCAGUUGUUUAUACAAUUGAAUUUCAAAAAAGAGGUUUGCCGCAUAGUCAUAUAUGUUUAUUUAUGCAUUCUGACUACAAGCUACCCACUGUUGAACUUAUCGAUCCGAUAAUUUCCGCUGAGAUACCAAACAUAGACGAAGAUCCAGAAUUGUUUUCACUUGUGAAUGAGUUCAUGAUUCAUGGUCCAUGUGGAGCUGAAAAUAUCAAUUGUCCAUGCAUGAUCGACAAAAAGUGCUCAAAAAACUUUGCAAAGCAAUUCUGUAAUCAUUCGUCUGUUGAUCAGAAUGGUUUUCCAUUAUAUAGGAGAAGAAACGAUGGUCAUUUUGUUGAAAAAUCAGAUGUCAAGUUGGAUAAUAGAAAUGUUGUCCCCUACAACAAAUAUCUAUUGAAAAGAUAUCAGGCACAUAUUAACGUUGAAUGGUGCAAUCAGGGUUCUUCUAUAAAGUAUUUAUUCAAAUACAUAAACAAAGGACCUGGUAGAGCUACAGUUGCCGUUGUACGAAGCAAUAAUGACUCUGAUACUAAUGAUGCAGUCGAUGAAAUAAAUGAAUAUCCUUCUGUGGUUAGACUUCCUUUUCAUCUUCCUGGUCAACAACAAAUUGUAUAUGGGGAAGACGAUGAUAUUGACGAUGUUCUCGACAAACCUUCUGUUGCUUCUUCAAUGUUCACAGCUUGGAUGGAGUGUAAUGCAGUUAAUCGUGAUGCACGGAAACUCACUAUGUCUAAACCGGAGGUUGUUUGGGAAAACACAUGGGAAUAUUUGGCAGAUGGAAUUCUUUAUAACCAACGACAGAGAUUCAAGUCUCCAGACUUAUCACUCAAUGAAGAUCAGCUUAAAAACUUAACUUUGUUCGAGAUAGAACAAGUUUUACUUCGGAACAACUCCAGUCUCAAAAAUUAUAAAAACAUGCCUUUCCCGGAUGUUGAUUCUGUUUCUUCUUCAAACAAUCGACUUAUCACCGAGGAGCUAGAUUAUGACAUUCACGUUAUGAAGACUGAGUUUGAUAGUAUGUUUCUUGCAUUGACAGAUGAGCAACGUCACAUUUUCCUUGAUAUCAUGAGUGCAGUUAAAGAAAAUAAAGGAGGUGUCUUCUUUGUUUAUGGUUAUGGUGGAACUGGUAAGACUUUUUUAUGGAAAACAAUAUCUGCAGCUAUUAGAUGCGAUGGUAAUAUUGUUUUGAAUGUUGCUUCAAGUGGGAUUGCUUCAUUAUUAUUACCCGGAGUGACCUCGCUGGCUUAUUGA